UUACCAAGACGGGAUCGGUGGCGCUGCACUGACCACCUGCAUCUUUCAGCUCCGGUCGCAUGCCACUGACGGCCCAGCCCAUUCGUUCGGUGGGUGGCCCGUCGGGUUUUGUCACUGAGCAUUGCGCACCGCGUCUGCAAGUCGCUGCACAGCCUCCAAAAGGUUCCAGAUACACGACCCUGCCUUGCACAACUCACCUCGAUGUUGGCGGCGACAUGCGACGCGCAGUCAAGGGGGGAGUCCGUCGGUGAUUAUGAUCGAAGCACGGUUGGGGCCGAACGUACAACGUACCCCUUACCCAGAGGGGGACCAGAAACCAUGACAGGGAACGAAACAUGGAUUCCCGUUUGCCAUUGGCUAUUCUCCCGAGGGAAAGGACAAGCCGGGGUCGAAAGAGGGCUGCUGACAUGGGAAUCUCCCGAGCUGCGGCAGGCGCACGCGGAUGCAGACGCACCAGACUGGCGCCAGACCGCGGAAACCCGAGCUGUCCAGGCUUUCCAUGGCAAGGCGGGCUCAUCCAAUGUAAAAUUUCACGUUUGGCGAGAUUUCAUGCACCAGUGGUUGCUCCUGUCUCACGCCUCCUCCGAGGAAUCGGCUUCCCCUUUCUGCAGGCCAAGAGCAAAGAGGAAAGAGCGCUGCAGGCACUGUCGAGGCACUGCAAGCGGGUCCCUCCUUCCCGCCUCAGCACCUGUAUGGCCAUCCGCCCACCGAGCGGACCCUCAGCAAGUCGUCGUACCAUCGACCUGCAGGACCCUCUUCAAGAGAGGAGCAGCAGCAGGAAGGUCCGGUACACACCCUGCCCUGUCUUGGGGACGCCAGUAACUCCCGAGUUCGGGACUGCGAGCCGUGUUACUAUAACACCCCACCACCCUCGCACUUUCUCUAAUAAUACGAGCUUCUCACCCUCCCCCUCCUCUCCUUCCCUUCCUCACGAGGCUCCUCGCCCAGCCCAUUCUCUUCUUCCCAUUUGCGGUUGCUGGCGUUGCACGCUAAUUCUCCCAUCUUGG